AUGGCGGAGAUACAGAAUUCCAACCCCACGAUCCUGAACGUGGCAGAUCUCCCCACUAGGAAUCGCUCCACUCUCAAACCAGGAGAUCACAACUCUGGCAUAUUUGCUGCCGUCCCGAAUCCCGCUGACUUUCUCUCGUCGGACUCGGAAGAUGACGACUUACUGGAGGAGCCAAUUGACGAACAAGAGAUUUAUGACUUGAUCAAGUCAAUCUCGGAUCCAGAGCAUCCCCUGUCCCUAGGGGAACUGGCAGUCGUCUCCCUUCCUGAUAUCUUUAUUAAACCAACCCUUCCCAAUGUUCCGGAUUCACCCCUUCAGACCGUCACUGUUCUGAUUACUCCAACAAUCACCCAUUGCAGUCUUGCCACCGUCAUUGGUUUAGGAGUUCGUGUGCGAUUAGAACAAGCUCUCCCACCCCGUUUCAGAAUCGAUGCGCGCAUCAAAGAAGGAACCCAUAGCACGGGGGAUGAGGUGAAUAAGCAGCUAGGCGACAAAGAGAGAGUUGCGGCGGCUUUGGAGAAUGGGGCCCUGAUGCAAGUCAUUGCUAAGAUGAUGGAGACUUGUUAA